UUUUCUAUUUCCUCUUUGCGCUAUACCCUUGGAUCGCCGCCAAGUGCUGCGGCUAAAUAAAAAAAGAGAGCUUUCGCGCUUCUGGAAAGACCCUUCAUACAGCGGGUAAAGGGCGUCCCGCGGCAGUUGAUAUUCUAAAUCAGAGCUUCAGCGUUAUAGACGGAAGAGCAUUAUUCUGGAUUAGGGAGGUGGUAAUCUCCCAACGCAUGAUAUAAUAUGGAGGAAGCACAUCGUUUCGUGGGUGGUGUUCGCGAGCUGGAUCUCGCCAACUACGGAUCUGUCCCUGUGGUAGACAGAGUUAAUAUUGUGCAAGGCCUGAGGACCAGUGCAGCAUUCUUCACAUUCUUACGCGCAAAUCUAGCUCUCAGCGCAAGCGCACCCUCUUCACCCGUCUCCUCGCACGCGCCAACACCACAUCUCGAGCCAUAUUCACACCACCAGUUCCCGUUUCCGCCAUCUCCUUCGCCUCUCAGUUCCUCGACCUCCUUCUCCGACUUACACUCCGACGCCAACGCCGACACCGCCUACUAUGACCCUCUCGACGAUAUCCCCCCGCUAUCUCUCGAGCCUCUACUCACGUACGACGACAAGAUCGCCGGCCUGAACCUCAUUGCAGACUCUAUUGCUCAGAUGAAGCAACGAGCGGCCCGAUCUUUGGUUUUCCACCCGCUGUGCUUGACGCUCCUGUUCACCGCAUGGGCUGGUGUCUCUCGAUGGGCUUAUGUGCCCUCAUCUGGGGAUCCUAGCCUGGCUCUCCUCCUCUCCUGUGGCGUAGCUAUGGUUUAUCUCACAGCUAUACGCUAUUCCACAGAAGGCUAUGUGAAACUAGCAGAGAACAUGCGAUGGUCAUGGCUUGAGGGACCUGAAAGUAUCGAGGGAGACCUUGUUAUCGGCGCUCGUUAUGGUGGCGCCUUGAUUGGAGCCCUCAUUCUCAGGCUUGAGCCUCGCUUCUCUCCUGCGUCUUCCAUUGGCGGAAAGCGCAGAAACAGAAGCAGGAGCGUGAGCUUCCGCGGAGGCAAAGGCGUCAUCCGAGCCUGGACUACUCGCCUUCGCUAUCGUGGAAAGGGCAUCGGCAGAGACCUCCUCGACGGUGCCAUCCGUAUUGUCAAGGAUCGCUGUGGGAAGGAUGCCGAGGUGGGAUUCGCACAGGAGCAUGCCAACAGCACCAUGCUGCUGCCAGCCUUCUUCAACGGAGCGUUUCGUCGAGAUGAAGUGCGUGCUGCCAAGGCUCUAGAGAAGGCGCUGGAGGAGUGGGAGUCGAGCAAGAAGAAGAAGAGGUAAUGGCAUCUAACGUCUUGGAGGAGCUGGAAGCAGAGCAAGAGAGAAGAAGAAAAGAAGAGGAGAUAGCCUAUCAGCCAUCCCUGGAGGAGCUGUAUAGGUUCUGGGAGCGAUUGAAGGUC